CGCUUCUUUUAAUCACAGCAGCUCCACUGUCAUGCAAAGUCGCGCGAUGAUGUCGUCAUUAAGAUGCACUCAUUCUUGCGCGCGGAGCUGAUGCAAGACUCUGGAUGAGAGCAGCAGUGUUAACCGUGUCGACGAUAUCGAGCAGGACGAGAAACAGCGAUCUUUGAUCCAGUCAUCAUGUCAGAAGACGAGAUUUUAUUCGACCCCACCACAACAAAGAAGAAGAAGAAGAAGAAGAAGCCCUUCAUGCUCGACGAGGAUGGAGAUGCAGAGGAGGCUCAGCAGACUGAACAGAAAGAACCUGAGCCGGAAGCAGGAGAGGAGCGAGAACUGGAGCCUGAAGAUGCGCUCACUGUUGUACACUGGAAGCAGCUGUUGACUCUUCAUUUUAUUGGUGACCAGGAGCUGAAAAUUGAUGGAGAGCAGCAGGAAAUGGAGGAAGAUGAUUUGGAUCUGAUGCUUCCAGCUAAAAAAAAGAAACAAAAAAAAGUGGAAUUCGUUGAGGAAAGUGACACUGUGGAAAAGGAUGAUGUUGUCGAGGAUGAUAAAAGCACAGAUGGCAUCACAUUCAGUUCACAGUCGGGCCCAGCAUGGGCCGGUUCAGAGAGGGAUUACACCUACGAUGAGUUGUUGAGCCGGGUGUUUAACAUCAUGAGGGAGAAGAACCCUGAUAUGGUGGCAGGGGAGAAGAGGAAGUUUGUGAUGAAGCCUCCUCAGGUGGUCCGAGUUGGGACCAAGAAAACUUCUUUUGUCAACUUCACUGACAUCUGCAAACUGUUGCAUCGACAGCCCAAACAUCUUUUGGCAUUCCUAUUAGCUGAGUUAGGAACAUGUGGAUCCAUAGAUGGAAAUAACCAGCUUGUAAUCAAGGGACGCUUUCAACAGAAACAAAUAGAGAACGUCUUGAGAAGAUAUAUAAAGGAAUAUGUGACUUGUCACACCUGCCGCUCACCGGAUACAAUUCUGCAGAAGGACACGCGUCUCUACUUCCUGCAGUGUGAAACCUGUCACUCACGUUGCUCUGUAGCCAGCAUCAAGACCGGCUUCCAGGCUGUCACCGGCAAAAGAGCCCAGCUUCGAGCCAAAGCCAACUAAUUCAAGCUCCCUGUUCUGGCCUCUUUCCCAGGCUGAUGCUCUGCCCCUCUGGCUGACGACAGUCCUCGCUGCUCUCCUCUGAAGCGCAGUGACCCAAGGCUUGGAGUGAACUCUGGAGGGUUUUGAGUGUAAUCUCUAUUAAUAAAUCUGACUCUGAAGCUAGAAGGCUUGCAAACAGGCUGCCUCUGAUUUGCUUGUCUUACUUUACCCCCUUCCUCCAGAAAUAUUAUAUUUUUUGUGCAUUUAGCAUAUCUGAUAACCAUAGCAUAUUUCUGCCUAUUUGGUGAAUAUUUACUCUGAGCAGUAUUUGUUUUUUAGAAAAAAAGGUAAUAUUACUGGAUGGAAACCAGAAAUAGGCAAACAUCUUCUAUGCUUUUGGAAAAUGAACCACAGCCUUUUAUAUCGGACUUUGUUUUAUCAAAAUAAAACUGAAUCUCAAAAUAUGUUUUUAUGGGACAGUCAUUUCACAAUGUUCAGAUUGGAUCCAAGCGAGUGUUUGGUGAUCCAGACGUCCAGCAGAAGUGUGACUUUAAAUCUCUUCUGAACUCUAGAAUACAAGAUCACUGUUCGUAUGUAAUUCCUCAGACAAAUACAGAUUGCGCUGUUUUCUUCAGUAGAGCGUUGAGCAGCAGAGGUUUGGGCAUGUUUGCAGUGCUUAGAUGGAAAUGAACGAUUUUUGUUGGCAUGUUUGAAAUUAGAAAUUUUUUUUAAAAAUAAAAAUGAUGAAAGUUUUCA